GCUCUGCGGGUCCAAGGAGGAUCCUCCCGGACUGAGCCGGACUUCUUCUCCGGGACAGACCUCAUCACUUCAUCCCGAGCCCCGGAUUAAUGAACCUGCUCCUGGACUGGGUCCUCAUGAGACCGAGACCAGGUAGAUAAAGACGACAUGGACACGCGCAGCUGUGGAGUCCGACACAUGUGCACCCUGACCCUGCUGCUGGUCUCCGUGUGCCCGCUAUACUGCGGAGCCUCCUGGAUGCGGCUGGGCUCCACCCCGGCUGGAGCCCUGGAGGACCAGGACUGUGCCGGCCUCCCUCUGGGCCCCAAACAGAGGGACUUGUGCCGGAAGAAGCCCUUCCUGCUGCCCGCCGUGCGGGAUGGAGCCCGGCUCGCCAUCGCCGAGUGUCAGAGCCAGUUCAGACACGAGAGGUGGAACUGCUCCACCACGGAGGACGCUUCUGUGUUCGGACAGCAGCUAACGAGUGGAACUAAAGAAGCAGCGUUCAUCCACGCCAUGAUGGCGGCGGGGCUGGUCCACGCCGUCACGCGCUCCUGCAGUCAGGGAAACGUGACGGAGUGCAGUUGCGACACUCGGCUGCAGGGCGGCAGCUCGCCGACGGAGGGCUGGCACUGGGGGGGCUGCUCGGACCACAUCCAGUACGGGAUCUGGUUCAGCCGCAAGUUCAUCGACAACACCGUCAAAAACACGUCGAGGACCAGUGGAGGGUUCACCCUGAGCUCCAUGAACCAGCACAACAGCGAGACCGGGCGUCAGGCCAUCGUCAGGACGAUGGCCACACACUGUCGUUGUCACGGCGUCUCUGGAUCCUGUGCCGUGAAGACGUGUUGGAAGACGGUUGCGGCUUUUGAGCACGUGGGCUUGCACCUGAAGGAGCGGUACGAGCGCAGCACGCAGGUGUCGGACCGGUCGAUGAGGAAGACGAGGAGGAAGGAUCAGCGCCACCUCCCUGUGGACACGGACCAGCUCAUCUUCUUCAACAAGUCUCCAAACUAUUGCCUGGAGAACCGGCGGCGGGGUGUCGCCGGCACCAGAGGACGCCGCUGCAACCGCACGUCCACCGGCUCCGACAGCUGCGUCCUGCUGUGCUGCGGCCGAGGAUACAACACUCACCUGGUGAGACACGUCCAGCGCUGCGAGUGCAAGUUCGUCUGGUGCUGCUACGUCCGCUGCCGGCGCUGCGAGAGCAUGAAUGACAUGCACACCUGUAAAUAAAGACCUGAACACCUGUAAAUAAAGACCUGAACACACCUG